AUGAGCCAGGCACCACCAUAGAGAGCAUGCGCUAUGGAUAGAGCGCCCCCUUUUGCUACUAUAGAGAGACAGCGGAGUGGGGCCAGAAAGUUCGAUUUUUGCUACCAUGGAAAGGAGGGACUGGUGGGCCAGAGAGUCCUAUUGCAACCAUAGAGAUAAGAGGAUUUACAUGCCAUAGAGAGGGUUGUGUACUGGGCUAGACUAUCCGCUCCCCCCACUGCAGAGAGGGUGUGUGGCUGGGCCAGACGGCCCGAUCUCCCACCAUAGGGCAGGGGGCGUGGGUGGACCAAACCACCCAGCAUAAAGGGGGUGGUGUGGGGCUAGGACGGGCCAGAUACCUGCUCCCCCAUCAUAGAAAGGGGUGGAGCUGUUUUGUGGCUAGGUCACUGUGCCUGCUCUGGUCCCCGCUGGGCAGGCACCCAAAUCCCCAAACGUGCUGCCCCCCUCAGAGAGCAGUCGGAGGGAAGCAUGUUGGCAGGGGGUGACACAAGCUUUCCCUGCCCAGGCAGCCCCGUCUGGAGAGGCACAGAGGAGUAUUUGUGCAGGUCUCAGUCUGCCUAGGCUGCUGCUAUGCUCAGCACCUACGGAGGCCUUAGUUCCUCUGUAGUUAGUUCCACUGACCCCUCUCCCUGCCUCUUCCUGUGACUGGGCUUCCCCAGGCCAGGCUUCCCUCAGACAACCCCUAAACCUCGUGCAUCAGGGCUCCGCUGACUCUGUUCUGCAUUAGUCUUGGGCAGUGCACUAGGGAGACACGAAUGAGCCAAAUGGAUUUCAUCUGAUCAAGCCCAGUGCUGCACCUGGCCAGGGGACCCUCUGUCCUGAAGGCAGCUCUGUUGUGGUCCCUCUCCACCAUGUGGGGGGAGGGGGUGGGGAUUUGUGCCCUGGUCCUCCCUGGGAAGCAUUUGCACCUGCAAGUGGGAGUAGGGGGCACCCAAACUUCUGUCCCCAUCCGUCAGUGGGGAAAUCAUUGGUUCUGAGGCUCCCCAUCUUGAGGUCUGUAAUGAUGGAGAAUGGUCUGGGAAGGGGUGGGGGUAUUUCUCCCACAGCCCAUGAUGCUGUGAAUGUGCCCCAUGGUGGCUUCUCUAAUCUGUCCAGGGCUCAUCACCCUAAUCCCAUUAAGGCCCUUUAAACUUUGGGAGUCAUGUAAUCGGGCUGUCUUAGACCUGGGCAUGACAGGGAAAUGGGGCCACGGGGGGACCUGGAAACUGAACAAAGCUUGAGGUGGGCCUUCCUGAUCCCAGGGGCUCUUGGACCCUGUACAUUGCUCCAUGGCUGACAAAUUAAUCCAGUCCUGCCCUGACUCAGUUCAUGGUGAAAGCCAGCCUGCAUCUGCUGAUUCACUCUCUUCCCCCGCCCCCCAAUGGCUGGAGCAGCCCCAGGGAUCCAGUGGCCUUGCCCUUGGGUGUGCAAGCUUCAUGCCAAAGGCUGAGAUCUGGGUCCCCCAUCUGGUCUUUAAAGAGCUCCCCCACCUCCAGGACAGCCAGUUAGCUGCUUGGGCAGUUCCCAUGAGGUCACUAGAUGAUUAACUGAAGCCCUGAUUCCAAUCCUCCCAUCAGCUCCCCCCCCCUCACCACACCACACCAUAGGGGGGUUGUGCCCAGAGGAUUAGCUUGGUGUCAGGACAAAGCGAUUACGGCGCCUGGAGCAUCUGUCAGCUCCUUGCCCUGGGGACUGCUGGGCCCUGUAAUCCCCGCACAUCCUGCGAUGGCCCACGGCAGUGCCUGAUGCAUCGCCAUGGCUGAAAGAACUCUGGAUUGUGGUGGUGCUCCAUCCCAGGCAGUGCUGACCCCUGGUGAGGCCUGCACCCCCACCCAGCUACCUGUGGCAAUCCCAGGGCAGAACAGCCUGGCCCGGCCCCGCAGCACUGACCAGGAGAUGCAGUGGCUAUCAGAAGUGGGAAGGAGCCCCAUCCAGACAGAGCCUCCCGCAAAGAACCAGUUCUUCCUGGAGCCAUGUGAGAGGGGCAAAGGCGCCCCUACAGGGCCGUGCGAGGAGUUGUGCAAAGGUCUCCCUGAGGAGCUGUGCGAGGCGAUGUGCGAUGAUCCCCAAAGGGAGCCGUGCAAGGUGGCGUGCGUGGAGCUGUGUGAGGACACUCCUCCCUGGGAGCUGUGCAGGGAUCCCCCCAUGGAGCCAUGUGAAGGGCCAUGCAAGGAGAUGUGCAAAGAUCCUCCCCCCAGGAAGCCAUGCGAAGGCCCCCUUGGAAGCCCAGUGCAGGGGAAGGCCCGGCUGCCGUCCAUUGUGGUGGAACCCACAGAGGUGGGAGAGGUGGAGAGCGGGGAGCUGCGCUGGCCCCCAGAUGACUUCCUGCUGCUGGAGGGCGAGGACGAGCUCUUCACUGAUGAAGAGGAGCAAGCAGCAGGGCCGGGGCCUGGGCCCCCUGCUCUGGAGAGCAGCCUGGAUGAAGUGCUGCUGUGAGGCUGCCAGGGGCCGAGGGAACCCCAGACCCCACUAGAGACCCAGCUGUAGCCUUGGGGGGGGGGGGUGUAGCUCAGGGACUGAGGACA